AUGGAUUCUCCUCAAGCAAUGAUUCCACCCAAUACUUCCGGAGCUUCUUCUGGAGCAGCGCCAUGGUUUUCCGGAGCUCCUUGGACCAAAUUGCUCGUGUGCGUUUGGGUCUUGGUCUUUGUCUUGCAACGUCACCUUUCGCCAGCUAGGAGUCAUGAUGGAGAAGAAGGAGAAGAUCUAUCCCAAACGUCACUGCAACAAUUGCCACUGAUUCUACAAUUCUUUGCCUUUGAUACGACAGGAGAUUUGGUAAUGGGAUUGGGUUUCUUGGCCUUGCAAUUACGGCGUCUGGAACGAGAAAUUAGUUCGGUCCAGUUUGCCGAAUACAUGCUGUUGGUCAUUCCCAUUGGAUUUGCGAUACAUCAAGUUCUCUUGAUACUCUUUGGCGUAUUACCAACGCAACAACAAGAACAAGAACAUUACAAUAUUUGGAAUUGGAUUCCACCCUUGCCCACGCUCUUAAUGGCUGCCUCUUUGCAUUGGUAUUCCUAUCAUACGCCACGACUGUAUCCCAAUUUUAUCAGUCUGGCGGGAGGUAUGAAGUUUAGUGAAAAGGCCUUGAUGCAACUCUGGGGGGUUUAUCUAUUGAUGCACAGUCACAAUGUUUCGCCUUUGCAACAAGAAGAGGACGAAGAAUAUUGGUUCGUGGCGUCCAAUUUCAUGACCACCACCUUGUCUUAUUUGUUGUCGGGAAUAAUUUCCAGUACCUUGUAUUUCAAUGUACUGGUGACGAAUUCAUCUGGCAAGGAUCCACCACUAAUCUUGAUACCUCAAUGGUUGGUCCAUAAGUUACCGAUUGAUUCGCUUUCAGGUUGGCUCUUUUUGGAUCCUCCCCCACGAAUUUAUGCUCCCGCCUUGUCGGGUCGUGGAGUUCCCACUCGCACCACCAGUCGGCAUCGUUCUGCUGCUGUAGCUCCAGUAGCAGCAACACCACCACCACCACCUCCAGUGGCACCGUCUCCCGAGGCUGUGGCCCAAUUGGUGGCCAUGGGUUUCCCCCAGGAUCAAGUGGAGGGAGCUUUGCGACAAGCUGAUAACAAUGUGGAACGGGCGGCCGAUCUACUCUUGAUGGGAAGCUAA